AUGCCAGCGUCCGGCUCUGUGCCCUACGCCGCCCAUGGCUCGAUUGAAUUGCUGGAUCAAUCUACCCUACACCCGACCUCCGCCAUGCACAGCAGCGACAAGGAACCCACUGUCAUGGUGCAAGAGCCGUACGGCGAGGACCUGGAAGAACAAGGCAAGGCCACGGCAACCAAGACCACCCCGUCCGACAUUCGCGGAAUGGCACGAAUGGGCAAGCCGCAGCAGCUCGAUCGAACGUUCCGUCAGAUGUCCAUAACUUCAUUCGUCGCGCUCGCAACUGCUACAUGGGAGAUUGGACUAUUCAUCAUCUCUCCUGCGUUGGUCGAUGGAGGACGAGCAGGACUCGUAUGGAGCUCGCUGUGGAGUUGGAUAUGCUUUGCGCCGAUCUAUCUGAGUAUGGCUGAAAUGGCCAGCAUGGCACCGAUCGCUGGCGCGCAGUACCACUGGGUGAGCGAGUUUGCUCCCGACGAAUGGCAGAAGCCAAUGAGUUACAUCGCCGGAUGGGUAUCAACAAUCGCCUGGCAAGCCGGCAAUGCUAUGGGCAUCUUCUUGACAGGAAGCCUGGUUCAGACAAUCAUCCUCGUCAACAAUGACUCCUACGCUUUUCCUGCCUAUCAAGGCACUCUUCUUGCCAUUGCAAUGGUGAUUGUGGCAUACGUCAUGAACAUCUAUGCCGCGAAAGUACUCCCCUACUGGCAGAACAUCUUUUUCGCGCUCCACAUAAUCGCAUACUUUGCCUACAUUGUGCCCAUCUGGGUAAAUGCGCCUGUUGCAACUCACCGUCAAGUAUGGGGUGAAUUCUCCAACACCGGAGGCUGGUCUUCCAUGGGCCUUGCAAUAAUGGUCGGACAGCUCACUGGAAUCUCGGAGCAAGUGGGCAUCGACACUACCGCACACAUGUCCGAGGAGGUCAAGAACGCCGCGAAAGCUGUCCCGAGGACCAUGAUCAUCGUCUAUGUGAUCAACUUCAUGCUACUGUUCCCGGCGAUCGUGACCAUCUGCUACCACAUCCCAGACCUCGAGGCUGCCUUGGGCGAUUCGACGACGUACCCAGCCAUCUACGUGAUGCGCCAGUCGAUGUCGAAUGCCUGGAUCUCCGUUAUUCUGGCAAUCGUCGCGCUGAUCUGCUGCGCUUCGUGCAUCAAUUACUUCGCCGCCGUUACUCGGGAUCUCUUCGCCUUUGCGCGUGACAAUGGUCUGCCAUUCUCCGGCUGGCUUAGCACUGUUCACCCAAGAAGACAUCUUCCAGUCCACGCCAGCCAACUUUCGGUCGUCAUCGCCGCUCUUCUCAGCUUGAUCUACAUUGGAAGUCCAGUGGCGUUCUACGCAAUCACUUCUCUAUCAACAGUGUCUCUUUUGAUGUGCUACACGCUCUCGAUCGGCUCGGUCCUUUACCGCAGGAUCUACAAGCCGCACACACUCCCUCCAGCACAAUUCUCUCUUGGACGCAGAGGCGGAAUCAUCCUCAACUCUUGUGCGGUCGCCUUUGGCAUGUGGGCGUUCUUCUGGAGCUUCUGGCCUCAAUCUCUACCGAUUACAGCCGCUGGGUUCAAUUGGGCUUCGCCCAUCUGGGCUGCCGCCAUUAUCUUUGCCAUUGGCUACUAUUUCGUCACUGCCAGGCACAAAUACGUCGGUCCCGUGGUCGAGGUCGAGGGCAGGAAGCAGGAUUUUGUUCGAUGA